CUAAACUUCCAACCUCACAGUGACAUGGCACCACCGCAGAAGGGAAAGCAGGCCACGAAGGGGGCGAAGCAGAUUGUGGAGGAAAAUGCGGCCACACUCAAGUUCUACCGCAAUAUGGCACUGAUUGCCCAAACAGCUUUCCUUGGGGUUAUGCUGCUCCUCACGGACGCCUUCACGGGACUCACGAUUACCAUGACGAUAAUCGCCGGCGCUCUGCACUUUGGCAGCUACCAAUUCAUGAGCUUCAUGGCGCGCACGCAAUACUCAGAGUCCGGGAGUCUUAUCGACAGCGGCACGGAUUUGAACAUGGAAGGCGGCUUAUCAGAACACGUGAAAGAUCUCAUCAUUCUCACGUCCGGGACGCAAUUGCUGGCGCUGAUCAGCAACUACUUCUGGCUGUUGCUCCUUCUCGUGCCCGUGCGCGCCUUCUGGCUGCUCUGGGGCUCCGUGAUCAAGCCGUGGAUGGAGCAGAAGAAUCAGGAGCCCGAGAUGGACGAGAAGAAGCAGAAGAAGAUGGAAAAGCGGAUGAAGAGAAUGCGCCAAUGAAGUCUUCAAAUCCUGGGUAUUCUGUAAGUAAAAUUGUUAAUAAA